CCCGCAAUCUUUUCCCUGCAUUCAUCAAUCACGGGCCGCCAUGAUGAGUUCCAAGUCGUCGGUGCCAAAACGCCAUCCAUCAGGUUCACUGCUGAGGUGGGUCAAGAGACAGCCUCGAGGGAAGUUUCCUGUUACAAUUCUUCUCGUGGCAUUUUUCUUCGCAUCAAUAAGUCUCAUCUGGGUAUUCCGCAUGCCAGACCCCAUCACCUUCCAGCGGGCCACGCAGAGCCGCAGUCCUCUCGACACAAGCGCAUUACCAUCUGGGGAUCGAAAGCUGGCCAUUAUCCUCCCAAUCGAUCGACCAAGCCCAGAUCUGUGCAAGUUGAUCAUGAGUGCCGUUGCUCUGGGAUACCCGUCGCCUGUCAUCGUCAACUGGCAGAGGGACUUCCACACCGAUACAGAGGGCGUUGGAGCGUCACAGCUCGCCAAGAUCACGGGCACGCUUGACUACCUCAACUGGGCCACUAGCAAAGACACCCCUAGCGUUGACCAGUUGGACGACGACGACAUCAUCAUCAUGCUCGAUGCCCUCGAUGUGUGGUUCCAACUGCCCCCUGACGUCUUGCUGAACAGAUACUUCACGGCUUUGCAAGAAGCAGAUCAACGAUUGCAGAAUGAGCACAAUAUGACAGCCGAGGACUCUAUACACCACACCAUUAUGAUUGCCGCUCAGAAAGGCUGCUUCUCGCCGCGAGACUCGGUGUCGAAUUUUCACUGCAAGGACGUGCCUACGAGCAUCCUGCCUGGCGACACAUAUGGCGUGUGGACAGACACGAAGCUCCGAAGCUGGAGGUACAUGCGACCACGCUACGUUAACAGCGGCAGCAUCAUGGGUCCAGUGGGGGAUAUGAAGCGAUUUUUCGGACGAGUGCAGCGUCGCAUGGGCGGCUAUCUUGACGGCUUGCAGGAUGGUCAGGAACUUGCCGGCGAUCAGGGUGUCUUUGAGGAGGUCUUCGGUGAACAGUCGGUGUGGAGGCGCAGGCUGGCCCAAGAUCGGCUUAAGAACGAUGGUGCAACAGAGAAUACGAAGACAAGAGAACUCCAGCAGGAGUACGAGUACCACGUGGGGUUGGAUUACAGACAAGAGUUGUUUUACCCUACCUGCUACUCCGAAGAAGACGGCUUCUUUGUCGAGCUAGGUCAUCCUGAAGCUGUUGAUCUGGAGUCACAUCGAGCGGGAAUAUCCCCCCCUCGCGUGGACGGUCUACCUGCCGAUGUAGCCGUGGCCAAUCCACCGCUGCACACCCUCGAGCUUGCUGCAUCAGACCAACCAUCAUGGCGCCAGUUGAAACUCUAUACAGAUUUUUGGACCACUGCUGUGCCUGCCGUCAUACACCACAAUGCUUGGAAAGACGGCUUGAAGGGAAGACGAACCACUUGGUGGGAUAAGAUGUGGUACUUUCCGUGGCUCAGGCAGCUCAUGGAGCAUAAUAUGGUUCCGUCCAACGACACAGCGCCUAUGGUUGAGUUUGGGGCUACUGAGGAACCCAAAUUGCGCAUCUGGCCGUCUGACCGGAAAUGGAGCACUAGAGAACCUGUCAUCUUCGGAAGAGAGUUGGCCGCGGAUGACUGGAGUUUGUAUCAAGCAGAAUGGGAAUAUGUAUGCCGUUGGGAUCCAGAGGACAAGGCAUGGCAUGAAGAGAUAUUCAGAGACGGGAAAGGCUCAUUAUAA